UCGUUGUGUUCAAAGCUACUUGAACUUGACGACCCUCAGUGUGGCCUCCUUUUGCUCAGACAUUGUCAUGUCCCCAGGCUGAAUUUUUUGGCUAGGACUGUGCCACCUGACAGGUUACUGCAUGCAGCUGUUUGUCAUGACCACCUUACAAGGGCUACUUUCACUGACAUGGUUGGUUUGAACGAAUUGGAUGACACCGGAUGGAGCCAGGCCACUCUGAAGGUUGGGUUCGGCGGAUUUGGCUUAUCAUCAACUCAGAAGAUGGCUCACCUAGCAUUUCUGGCGUCAUGGGCACACUCUUUGAAAGAACUGCCAUUGAGAUUUCCACCUCUGAAAGAUCGUUUAGAACGGUUUAUUGAAGGUAGCAAUACAGGACAACUUAUUCGUACAUUGGUGGCAAAACUACCACCCAAGUCGGGUGCAGAUGAUGACGAGCAGUUUCACACCUUAGAGCAGAUGACAGAAUACCCUAGAAAAUUGCAACAUCGCCUGACGGUAGACGCUUCUCAUAAACGAUCAGAAGAAGUUAUCAAAAGCAUGAACUCAGAGAGACAUGUUGCAAGGAUCAGGUCCUUACACGGAAAAGGAGCUGGAGCAUGGCUAGAGGUAAUACCAACUUCAGACAAGAACGCACUGAAGCCGAAUGAAUUUCGUGUAGCGUCUUGUAUGAGGCUGGGUGCUGGUUUGCCUUUCAGCCGGCUGCUUAAGACGUGUGACUGUGGAACUGAGCUGGAUCGCGAGGGCUACCACCUUUUGACAUGUAAAUAUGGAGGUGGACCUGUGUGGACGCAUAACUCCAUAGUGUCUGCAUGGAGUGAUUGCCUAAGCGAUUUACUCAUUCCCCAUCAAAUAGAACCGAGACAGCGAUUUGUAGACAACGAAAACCGGCCUGACAUCACGCUUUACGACACUGACACUGGGAUCACAAAAGAAUGUGAUGUUUCGAUAGCUCACCCUUGGAGCAAAGACAUUAUUAAAGGUGCAGCCAGAGAAGGUGGCCAUGCAGCAGCUAAACGAGAGGCAGCAAAGUCAAAAAAAUACUCAGAGGAAUCGCUUGCGGAUGGAUCGAAGCCUAUAGUUGUCCCACUCGUCUUUGAACACUUCGGCAGAUGGGGCUUAAAGGCUGACGAGCUGAUGAAUGAACUGGGGAAGAAGGCGAGAGGCUUUGAUGGAAGAAGAAUUGCGGUAGAGUUUAAAACCUUCUGGGGGAAAAGACUGUCUAUUACUCUUCAAAAAUGCAACAGCAGAGUGAUUUUGCGGAAGCUGUCAAGGCUUUCUGUGCGCUCAUUAGGAGAUGACAGUGUUUUGGGAGUAGAUAGAGACAUUCAGUGUUUUACUCAUUAGCAAUAGUCUCGGACUACAAGUAGAACAUUUCAUUUUAACAAUAACUGUUUGUAGUAGUGAAGAUUGUUGACAAUAAACUUGAUUCUGUCUGUCUGUCUGUCUGUCUGUCUGUCUGUCUGUCUGUCUGUCAAAAACAUCUAUUGGUAAACAUCAACGCUAUUACAGUCAACGCUAAAUCACUAUCUAUGAGUCCAAGAAAAAUGACCCAAAGGGUCAUGAAAUGAAAGCUUAACGUACAC